GCAUAUGUUGUAGGUAUAGUCUUAUAAUAGUCUAAUAUUUUUUUGCAACUCGUAUGUUUUGUCAAAUCUGUGUACGUUGAAUGUGCUGAAUGUGCGCGAAAAUAGGAAGUGAUUUCCACCACAGGGUUUGGAAUAAUAUAACUUUUCUCAGACUGCUAUUCCUCGGCUUCUAAAUCUACAUCCGUACAACAGGCUUAUGGUUUCUUUGUACCUUUUGUCAUACACCUAAAGGAAGUACCUUUGGGAGAGUCAUUUUAACGGGGGCAGGUGAUUUCCAGAGGUCGGUAAGGUAAAGAUUAACGUACUGUAGAGCUGAAGCGAAAAGUGAAAGGAAUUGCGCAGCAUUUAAGCCUUUCAGGUGUUCGGUACACUUCACUCACCUGCGGUGACUCAUGGUCACAGGCCAUUGGCUGGAAGCAUGGCAGAUAGUGUAAGCGGUGAAGCAGAUAGGCGUAGUGACAUUUCAGCAUGUACUGAGGACAGAACAGAAAUGGCAGAAAACAAUAAAACACAGAUAAAUGUCAAAAAGAAGAAGAAGAACAGCAUAAUAAAAUCUGUCAAAGGAAGCUUUUUGUCCCCAAAAAACAAAGAGGCAGAUAACAAAACAAAGAGGACAAAUACAGAAAAUGACCUUGGUAAUUCCUUGGACGAUCCACAAUCUCCAUCUUCACCAAUGGAAAGCCCGCUUACCCAACAAGAAUCUCUAAGACAGAAACUGCGUUUUGGAAGUAAGAAAAAAAACCUGCCCAAGCAGGAGCAUAUAGAGGCCUGCAAAGAGGGUUUAAUAAUACCAGAAGAGGAAAAGUCAGAGGCGACAAGAAGCACAGCAGAUGAAGUCUUGAAGUUAUACGUUCUACCCGAGAUUCCCCCAAUACCGUUAUCAGUAAUGCAGAUUAACAAUCUCAUUAAGGAUAAUAUCUUGGAAAAGGCCUAUGUCAAUAUACUUUCUUUGCGGGAGGAGGUUCAAUGUGAGAAGGAAGCAUUGGCUGGAAAUGAUUCUCCAGGGGAACUGUUAAAUAAAGAGAAAGAUCUGAGCAUGCUGUACAACAACCUGAGAGAUAAACUUACUGAAAUUGUCCAGCAAUCCUCUGCACAGCCUUCUUUUAAUAAAGAGCUACUAGUGCAGAUGUCUGGCAUCAUCCAAGAGGAGGAAAAGAGAGAAGGAGAUGCUGGGAAGAUGGGCGGAUGGAGAGAUGUCUGGAGGGCUGCAAUACAGAGAGGAGUGAAAGAGACACUCGAAAAGAUUCAUCUUGACAGCCAUGAGCAAAAUGUUUCCUGGUUGGCAAUACAUUUAGGACAAGUGGGAAAAGUGAUUGUUGAGCAGUUGGAGAAAGUAAAAGCAGAGCUUACAAGUUCUUACCCACCAAGCUUUAAUGUGUUUGAAACAUAUGUUUCAAGCUUUCAUAAAGCUGUGGCAGAACACCUGAAAGUGCUUCUGGGAAAGGUGACAGAAGUAAAGGAUUACUACGCCCUUCUGGAUUUUAUUUUGAAACGUUAUCACAGUGAAAAGAUUAUGGGAAGCAAGUCUUUGCAGCCAGAAUUGAAGGAGGAGCUGAAGACUCUUAAACUAGAAGAUGAUUUUCUAGGUCAGAUCAAGAAAGCAUACUGCAAUUGCUUGAAGGCAGAUGUGAGAUCAACUCUGGACAGUAUAAUUAAGCUGGAAAAUGAUGAAAUGUGGAAAGAACAAAAUAAACCACAGAUUAAUGAGGACCUUUACAUCUCUCACAUUCACAUGGACAUCUUGAUGUAUAUUAAAGGACCAAUUCAGGCCUCAAGUUUGCUUGAUGUGGAACUUGAACAGAAAGUUAUGUGCUGCUGCCUAGAUGAGCUAAAGAAAUUUCCUAAACGAUUUGAGUCAGCCUUUGUGCAAUGGAACAAAACUCUCCUGGAUCCCUCCCUGUGGGCUGAAUAUCACAUUACUUACAUCAACAGUUUCAGAGAUUUGAAAGAGCAAAUUGAGAUCUACAGACAAAAGUGCCCAAGUGAAGUGGAGGAGCUGUGCAAGGAGUUACAUGAACUAAUUAACCUCCUGAGCCAGGCUUUUCUAGAACAUUUUAAAACUGACACUAAGCCUCAUCUAAGGUUGAUGAUAACAAGGGAAUGGCUGCGUUCUGAAGAAAACUUUCAGCAACUGCAUAAGAAAAUUGAAAUUCUCUCCCAACAAUGCAAACAUCUGAGUCCCAAUCAUGCACCGAAUUCUGUUCAAAACUGGCUUUAUCCAGUAGGGGACCACAUGCAAAAGAUCAUUGGAGAGAAAAAAAAGAGUGAAAUACAGGCUUAUCUAGAGCCACUGGUUAAUGACUAUCCAGAUUUCAGCCAAAAGCACCUUUCAGCAAUACUGUAUUUCCGUGGAGUAAAACGGGGCAGAAAGAGACGGAUGAUCCUGCAGAAGCUUUCGGACCUAAAGCAACAUGACAGAAAUACUGGGAGUAAAGAACAUGCAUUAUUCAGUCAAAUGGAGACAGCAGUGAACACAGACUGCCUAGCCAAUGUGCCAGUCUGUUCUUUGUUGUAGUAGUUGUCUGUGGCAGCCACAGAAACCUGAUUUGCAUUUAAACUGGUCACACUUCUGGUUUAAAAUAGUCACACUUCAGUUACACUUUUAAGAAUGGUUUUGAGGUGAGAGACUUUUCAGAUAAAUUAAUUCUGGUAAUACUAUAUGCAUUAAAAUUUAGGAGCAUUUUAAAACACCAUAUGCUAAUAUGAAUGUUGGUGAUUAAAUAUUUCAGCCAGUUCUUUUGAAAAAAAAAUGUAUAAUAACUUAAUUAUGUAUAAGAUAAUUAUGUAUAAAAUAAUGUUUUAAAGAAAUAUUGGGUAGAAUUGUAUAAAUAUUUGUAUUUAUAUUUAUCUAUUUUACAUGUGAAAUUUAUUACUUAUUUAUUUAGUAUUGUGUCCAAUAAUUGUGGAUAACAUUCCAGUUGCUUUGUUCAGUUAUGUCAAUUCUAUGUCUCGGCUGCACUUUUAUUUUCUUUAUAGAUAUAGAUAGUAUAUAGAUCCUGGGAUUAUACAGUUACAGACUGAACUUGAAUGUCAUGGCACUAUCAUUAUUGUGUGUCUACUCAUCAACAUAACGUCAACUUUCUGUUAGUAAGGAUGAUUGACUACAGCUGGUAGCUAAUAAAAAUAGUUUGUUGACAGCACUCACUGUCUCAACUUGGGAUGAAAUAGAGUGUUCCAACAGGGGAAUUAACCCAAACACACCUUAAAGUUAGGUGGGAUGGAUCACAUAAAAAAAAGUCCAAUAGUGCCACUGAUAUUCAUGAUCAUAAUGAGUGCCACAACCAUACAAUGUCUGUUGGGGCAGGGGAUAAUAUUGUAUUUUCCCCUAUUUUUGGAUGCUUUUUUUAUCCUCCCUGAAAUCUUAAUACCAUGGAAAGAUAAAACAACCCGUUCAGACAAUAUCGUUCAAAAUGUAAACAUAGAAAGGAAGUGGGUAGUACAGACUGAAAAAGAGAGCUCAAUUGGGAUAGGGCCUAGACAAAAACAGACAUUGAACUUUAUUGGCAGUACUUUGCAGACACUACAAAUAGAAAUCAUUCAAGUCAUUCGGAAGCUGGAUAGCUUGAUAAUGAUACAACACAGAAGACAUUGUCCAUCUGAGUGUCCCCUAACUGUAGGAAAACAUCACAAACAUUUAAGGCAUAUAAAAUAUUUUCAGUGGAGUAUUAUAUUAAAUUAUUAAUAUAAUGUAACAGUACACUAUUUUUGGAUAGCCAGGCACUCUAUAAUGCAUAAUCAUGGAUUGGCAGAUCUAAGUCUUUGUUUAGCAAUAUGGCCUUUUUUAUUUAUGUUGAUUACAAUGAUCUCUCACUGAUCAAAAUUAACUAGUGAAUUGAUCCUGAAAAUAGAAAAAAGCAGUCUUUGCUAAAGGGAAAAAAAAAAAAUUCUUCCCCUUAAUUUUAGACGUCAUAUACACAACAUGUGUUGGUCAGCACCAAAUAUGCGUCUGUAAAAGCAGUGUGUUGGAACAUUUUGAGUUAUACACAAUAAUCAAGCAUCUUCCAAAGGUAAAAAGAAUAGCUCAUAAUGAAUAAGAUCCUUGUAUAUUUAUGACUUUUUACUAUUUCACUUUAUUUAAAUGAUGUAUGGACUUAUGUAGCAAGACUUUAUUAAUGAGUAGCAUAAUUUAGAAGGCUCUGGGUUUUUGUGACGUCUAAUAAAGAAAGUAUUGUCUUGAAAAAUAUUUCUCAUGAGUGUUUUUACACCACUAUAAGGAUAUUUCAUUUACUGGUAAUGUGUCGUGUUAAUGAGUGUUGUGCUUUGCCUCACUUAAACUGAUCCAAAUGUCUAAAUUGCUAACAAUCACCAUCAUGUGACACUUACAUUAAAGUGUUAAAACAUUAGUAAUUAAAUACAAGUAUGUACUGUUAAUGCAUGUUGACAUUAUGUAACUUUUUUCACUGUGCCAUUAUUUAUUUAACAAAAAUAAAACCAAAAAGAAAGAAUAAAAAAAUCACACAUGUGGACAAUACAAAGUAUUGUCCUCCCCCAUUAUUCAAUAGCUUUUAGAUCCACCUUUAACAGCAAUAGCUUGAAGUAAUCGUUUCCUGUAUUACUUUAUCAGACUCUUUCAUCAAUUUGGUCCAUUCUUCUUUACAAAAUUGCGUCAGUUCUUUGAGGUUUGCACAGCUCUGUUCAUGUUCUGCCACAGCAUUUCAAUUGGGUUGUGGUCUGGAC